UGCGUCAAGCGCUCUGAGUGUUUUUAUUAAGUGUUUGUUUACAGUUUGGUGAGCUCGAUGUGAUGUGCAGUGAUGAACGGCAGCUCCAACCCGCCUCUGGAUAAAGAAGAGCAUGUGUUAAAACUCGGAGAGAGUUUCGAGAAGAGACCAAAAUCAUCUUUUCACACCAUCAGAUAUGAUUUUAAACCAGCAUCUAUCGAUACAUCCUGUGAAGGAGAAUUACAAGUAGGAAAAGGAGAUGAGGUCACAAUCACAUUACCACACAUACCAGGUUCAACUCCACCAAUGACAGUGUUUAAGGGUAAUAAAAGGCCGUAUCAGAAAGACUGUGUUCUGAUCAUUAAUCAUGGUACUGGAGAAUUCAUGCUGGAGAAGCUCAGCAGCAGCAUACAAGUCAAGAAAACAAGAGCGGAGGGCAGCAGUAAGAUUCAGGCUCGGAUAGAGCAGCAGUCUGUGAGAGCUAACCUGCUGACAUCACAGUUCCGCACCCCUAUCAAAUCCGGAGCUGGUGCCAAGACCUCACCAACUAAAGACAGCCCGUCUCCCGAACCUCAUUUGGAUGACAUUAAACGAGAGCUGCGAGCGGAGGUGGACAUGAUCGAGCAGAUGAGCAGCAGUAGCAGCUCUUCAGAAUCUGCCAGUUGUUCUGGCAGUGGUGAUGACAGCUCAUGCAGUGAUGCAGAACAGGAAAUGCAUCAUCUCUCUCCCAGCAGGACCAGCAUGGCCAACGGCAGCAACCAGCUCAUGAACACACUGAGGAAUGAUCUUCAGCUAAGUGAAUCUGGCAGUGACAGUGACAUCGACUGAGCUCUUCUUUGCUGUUCACCACACAUCACUCUUUCAUUUGAAAACAUCCAAUGUGUUUCCAUUUGCAGUGAUUUUUAGCUUUAGCUUUUAUGGUUUCAUGAAAACAUGGAGAUAUUCUAGAAAGCUUUAAAGAAUGUUGAAUAAGUUUAAGUUGUAUAUUUUAUUUGAAUUUUAAAUUUAAAUAUUUGAACCGAUAAGGGUGUGUAAAUCAUUAUAAUCCAAAAUACAUAACCUACCUAUUGGAUAAAGUGAUAUUGUACCAUAUGAUUUUGGUUGUUCAUCAGUAUUUUUAUGAAACUGAAAUGUCAUCUAAUAGUCACAUUGAACACCAAGAAAAAGGCAUGAACAAGCAGUGUUACAUGAUCUUUAUUCUCUAACAGUUGGUAAAGCAUGUGAGGUAUGAUAACGUUUUAGAGUUUGAAGUAAUGACUUCAACUUCCAAUAAAAAUAACUCAAUUAAUUUGGUUUUCUAUCACACAGGGUUCCAGUCUGUGAUCCAUUGUCUCAAAAUAUGUGCAUAACUUGAAUAUCUGUAAAAGUUUUUUUUUAGACCAGUUUUAACCAAAAAUAAAUUAUAUCAAUUCAAAAUGUAAACCAUAUAAAUGCUGUAUAUAGUUUAUUUUUAUGUAAGAUUAAAGUUGUAGUGCUUCAUUGGUCAGAGUCUGUUAUAAUUAUUAAAUGGUAUCCAUCCUCAAUGGUCUCAAGUGAAAGUCUUGAUGUCUGUAAUGACUUUCCAAUAAAACCAGAGGUG